AUAAAUCUGGAGACAGGAAAUUUUGCGUAAAGGCAGAAGAAGCUGCCGUUCUUGUGGCCAUUUGGCCUUUUUGAUGAUAAGGACUGUGCAUGGAGAUAGACGGAGACAGAACGGUUGCCCUGACAUUCACGGCCGAGUUUCUCCUUGAGAUGCAUGACUCGUUGGCGUGAUUGGUUAGCGAACAUACGUUCCAGUAUGUUCCAGGCCUGUUGAGAAGAAGUGGCAGCUGAGACGUAGGGAGAGACGCCAGGAGCCAUGGAGGCAAGAAUUGAAUGGAGUAUAAGCUGGUCCUGUUGAUACCAGCGUCGGCGAGCAGCGGGAGCAUCGGCAGCAGGUUGAGGAUGACUGCCAUCGAGGAAUUUGAGGAGGUCGAGGCCGCGGAGAAGCGUGAAGAGCUGAGCACGCCAGGUGAAAAAGUUGUCGCCAUCGAGCUUUGUGGGGAGUUGCGACGCGGGAUUCAAAGUUAUGACGGUAUUGGCAUCGUCGAUGUUGAUCACAAAUUCGCCGGACAUGGUGGUGAAGAGAAAGAGAGGCUGGUUGCAGUAGAGAGAAGACGUGAGGGAGAGAGGCGAGAUGAAUUUGAUUUUAGGGUUAAGGAGAUCAGAACGGUAGCUCUGAUACCAUGUCAUGAACCAGUUGCUCCCAAUAACUCGAGUUGUUGAGAGAAGGUUAUGCUGGAUCUUAUACCACUCUCUAACAUUUGAUUCUUAUAUAUCGACCAAAUGAUGGUGUUUUUUGGAGAGUAAAAGAAUUCACCAAAGAGAAUGGAUUGGAUGGAAAAGAAGUUCAAAAGAAUCCCUUCAAGAUCAGUAUGUUGAUGUGAUUAACCAAGUAAAUGAUUGAGUGUAACCAAAUAGUUGACUGGUGAUUCUAGAAAUAGAAGAUUCAGAUUGAAAAAAGAGAGAUGGAACCGGCCGUGAGAGAGAGAACGAUGGAGAAGAAGGUGCAGGGAAGGGAAGUGAAAAGAGAAAACAAAGGGAAAUAUCAUUUAUUUAAAUAAAUAAAUUCAAGGCAGGUGUCACAUUGCAAUUGGGCCGGAGCACCAACACAGCAAAAUGACGUGGUGGGACGGGAGCACUGAAGAUUUUCUCGUCAAGUUUGGUCAUUCUCCGUUAGUCUCCGUUAGUUUUUGCUGAUGUGGCAGUCAACUAUUAUAGUUGACCGUUAAAUGAGUGACGUGGCCAAUAAAAAAAUAAAAAAUUUAAAUAUUUACAAUUUCCACCUCAUUUUACAACUAUUAAAAAUAAAAAUAAAACUAUGAUUGGGUGACGACUGUCAAUGAAAACAUGGCGACCCGGCUGAAGAUCGAGGGCCCGACAAUGAGCCACAAGUUCUUGGAUUCCUGCCAUACGGCUCUGAUCAAAGCAGUAGAUUCAAGGUUACUCGAUCCGGACUGAUGGGAUUCUCGAGAUUGAAAGCUUGACUGACUUUGACACAGUAGAUGGUCCUUCUCCGCCGCAGUUUCCAUGGCCUGGAUUUGGGUUUCUUCCCGUGAUAGUUGCGAGUGACGAAGCAUCAGCCUUUAGCACUCUAGCUCUAUGCUGCCGUCGUUUGAUCCACUCACACAUAACCUAAAGAUUAAAGUAGAACUGGGUGCCAUUACUUUAAAGCAGAAACAAAACAAAAACUUUGUCCGAUUGUGCAGAUUAUAUUUCAGGGCAACCCACCAGCUUUGCAAUGUGAGAUGAACAAUAGUCAUCGUGUAUUCUCUGUGGAAACCAGAAGUUAGCCACCUAGAUGCUAGUGUUGUUUAUGCAACUUUGGAUGCAAUAACAGCUAACGUAGCAUCUGGCUGAGAAACUACUUUACAUUACAAUGUUCGAUGGCAUGACGAAAGGUUCAUGUCGUGCUAAUGGUUUGACUUUUUUUUCCCAACCCGGUUUAAUAAUGGUCUUGUGCAGGUACAAGUUUGCCUGCCAAAUCUUGUAUGGGGAUGAGAAGAUAACUCCGCCGACCUUGUCCCCUCUCCAGCUUGGUUAGUAAACAACUCGUUUCCUCUGUACUCCCUUGCAACUUUCAGGAGACUGUUUCUAAGUUUCUCUGCAUUGUUUAUGGUUAACAUUCAUUUUCUUUCUACUUUUUAUAUAGUCAUAGACUUCUGCAUCGUCCCUCUUCCUCAACCAUCCAGAAGCCGUAACUCUCUUAAGCAUGGAACCUUCUCAGAGAUUGUCUAUGAUACUUGCUGGGAAAAAAAGGUGUAAAAUUUUCCAUUGUUCUCUUUGGAAUGAGAGAAAAGAAAUGGCAAGUGGAAUGACAUGAAUUUCAUUCCACGCUUGUUGCCUGCAUCACUUGAAGGGGAACACACGCUCUAUGUACAAUGAGUUGGAGGAGAGGAGACUGAAUCGGAGAUCCGUGGUGGCGACGGCGGAAGUAAGUUUUAUUUUUAUUUUUUAAUAGUUGUAAAAUGAGGUGGAAAUUGUAAAUAUUUAAAUUUUAUUAUUUUUUUAUUGGCCACGUCACUCAUUUAACGGCCAACUAUAAUAGUUGACUGCCACAUCAGCAAAAACUAACGCAGACUAACGGAGAGUGACCAAACUUGAACUAUUGAACUAAUCUUAGUGACCAUGAAUGAAAUUAAAUAUUUGCA